AUGGCCCCCGGCGCCGCCCGAUGCGCGCCCGCGCUGCCCGCGCUCCUGGCCCUGCUCGGGGCUCUGCUCCCAGGGCUUGGAGAGGCCCAAGUAUCACUGCACCCCCGAGAAGCCAUCAUACCCCGAGGAGGCUCCGUGGAGGUGAACUGCAGCGCCCCCUGUUCCCACGUGGGCCUGGAGACUUACCUGAAUAAGACGGAAGUGGCGUCCGGGCACAACUGGAAGACCUUCCGACUGAGCAAUGUGCAAGAGGACAGCUCUCCAAUAUGCUUUGCAAACUGUGACCCCAAACCCCAGAUGUUGGAUUCAAUGAACCUCACUGUGUACUGGACCCCCAGUCUCGUGGAGCUGGCCCCCCUGCCCCCCUGGCAGCCCGUGGGCGAGAACCUCACGCUGAGCUGCCAGGUGGCGGGCGGGGCGCCCCGCGCCAGCCUCACGGUGGUGCUGCUCCGCGGGGAGGAGGAGCUGAGCCGGCAGCCGGCCGUGGGGGAGGCCACCCAGGUCAACGCCACCGUGCUGGCCCGCAGAGAGGACCACGGCGCCAAUUUCUCGUGCCGCACCGAACUGGACCUGCGGCCCCAAGGGCUGGGACUGUUCCAGAACAGCUCGGCCCCCAGGCAGCUCCGAACCUUCGUCCUGCCAGAGACAAACCCGCGCCUUUCUGGCCUGGUCGCGGAAGUGGAGAGAGAGCAGCUGGUGGAAUGCACCAUGGACGGGCUCUUCCCGGCCUCAGAGGCCGAGGUCCACCUGGGACUGGGGGACCGCAGGCUGCAGCCCACGGUCACAUACAAGGGGGACUCCUUCUCGGCCACGGCCUUGGUGAAGGCGCACGCGGAGGAGCAGGGCCCCCACAAGCUUGUGUGUGAGGUGACGCUGGGAGACCAGACCCGGACGACGUGGGAGAAAGUGACCGUCUACAGCUUCCCGGCUCCCAGCCUGACGCUGAGCCAGCCCGAGGUCUCGGAGGGGACCGUGGUGACCGUGGAGUGCGAGGCCCAUGCUGGAGCCGUGGUGACGCUGAGCGGGGCCGCAGCCGGGAAGCCCGCCUCGAGGGCCCGAGUCCUUCUCAACGCCAGCUCCGAGGACGACAAGCGCGUCUUCUCCUGCUCCGCUGCCCUGGAGGUGGCCGGGCAGGUGCUAAGCAAGACCCGGACGCGGCAGCUCCGUGUCCUGUACGGCCCCAAACUAGACAAGAAGGAUUGCCUGGGCAACUGGACGUGGCAGGAAGGCUCGACGCAGACCCUGAGGUGCAAGGCCUCUGGGAACCCGACCCCCGAGCUGAACUGUUCCCGGAAAUGGGAUGGGGCUCAGCUGCCCAUCGGGGACCUGAAGCCUGUCACACGGGAGAUUGCGGGCACCUACAAGUGUCAGGCGAAGAGCUCUCAAGGGGAGGUCACCCGGGACGUGGUCGUGAUCGUGAUCUACCACGAGAAUAAGCUGGCCAUCAUCAUUCUGGUCACAGUUGCUGGCGUCUUGGGCACUCUGGGCACAGCCGCUUACCUCUACAACCGCCAGCGGAAGAUCCAAAAGUACAGGCUACAGAAGGCCGCGGAGGCGGCCGCCCUGAAACUGAACACACCAGCCACACCGCCCUGAGCCUGUGCCCGGAUGGGGCCUCCUCCUCAGCCCCCACACCGUGGCAGUGGUGCCACAUCGAACAAUGGUGGACGUGCGCCAUUCCGCUGCACCCACCCUCCCAGGACGCCAGAGGGCAAGAGAGAGGCCUCAGUCAGGAUAUAGACAGCAUUUGGGGUCGUGGCGCCUGUACACCAAGACCCCCAGGCCUCACACCUGACCUGCAGUCACAAGACUGAGCCACAAGGAGGCUUGACUGUGAGGAAUGGCAACGUCUACCUGGCCGGAGGGGCAGCGACAGAGACACAUACCUCCGACGUGGGGACGCCCACCUGGGAGCCACUGAAACUGACCACUACUGUGUGCACUGAGGCCCUACAGUCCUAAUGAAGAAGUGGCCCUGCGCAGACACGCAGCAUCGAAACACAGAUCCCCACCCUUCUUCUGCCAGAUGCCAGCUCUGGCGCUGCUGUCCACUGACUGUCCCCAACUCUUGAUGAUAUAUUUAUUCAUUCGUUCUUUUACUAGCUAUUUAUUGAGUGCCUUUUAUGCGGGCUAGGAUGGUCAACAGGAUGAACAUAGGUUCCAGCCCUUGGGAAGUUCUCAGUCUAAUCUCAUUCAAGGUCACCAGGUACAGUUGUACUGGCCGUGCACUGCACAAGAGUCCCUGGCCACAGAUCAAGUGGGGCUGGAAUUCCCCACUUCAUUGGCCAAGCCGAUUUCCCCUGGAAGGGGACUAUCAAUGGCCACAUGAUUUAGCUGGUGACAUGCCCAGGGAUGACCCACUGAGCCCUUACUCCCCUAGCACUGGUGCUGACCUGUUAGCCCCCUAUCUGCCCAUACACAUCUCUGCUAGUGCUCACGAGGACUUGGUGGCAUGCCCACUCCUUGGCAGCUAAGCCACGAGUCCCAUGAAACUAUGCCCGACCCCUGUGUGCUCCUGCCUUUUCCUACCCGUCUCCAUCUCAGAGAAGUACAAGAACAGACGCUCCGGGAGCUCCAAAUUCCUGCGGCGAUGAGGGCCCUCCCUGCAGGCCGUGUGGAGGAGAGGACUUGGCGGGGCAGCUCCGGAAGCCUCUCCCUAUGCUAAUAAAGCUUUUUCCUUGGCCCAGCCUCCUGUGAGUUGGGGGGGCUGUCAUGUCCAGUGGGAGCCACAGAUCUGUCCUCUCACUUCCGCCGCCAAGAAAAGGCUGCCAGUUCAAGGCCCAUCCCAGAGGCUCGAAUCCAAGUCUGGGGCUUGUUAGGACCGUUUGAGACUCUGGUGAAAAUUAAAAUGACAGUUGGUUUAUAAUGGGGUCAGAAAUUUCAUUUUUGAGCCGAGGGAGGGGUGUGUAUAUAUUGAAGGGCUUUU